UUAUCCGGGGUACCGGGCUUAUGUUAUUCGGGUCUGUCAUAAAGUACCUUAAAAAAAUUCUCGAUAUAAUAGCAUUCAAACCCCCACAGCCAGAUACACUGUAUCUCCUUCUAGGGUUUGUUGAAUCUUCUUGAAGCUUCUCCAAUGGCGUCUCCAUCAGCCAAGAGGUUUUGCCUUCAUUGUGAGAAAUCUUCCUCCAAACCCUUGAGAAACGGCUGGGAUCUAAGCACCGGAAAGUUUGCUCAACUUUGCAAACGUUGCUAUUCUAUUUAUGAGUCUGGACGAUUCUGCGAAACAUUUCACAAACAAGAACAUGAUUGGAGGCGGUGCCAGUAUUGUAGCAAGCCAGUCCAUUGUUCAUGUCUUGUUUCAUUUAGCAAGUGGUGUUUGCUUGAGGGUACUGGUGGGCAACAGAUGAUAUGUAUGGAAUGCUCAAAUAUGACUUCUUACAUGGCACGAAAUUUCAGCAAUGUGAUGGAUGUUGCUGAUGGAAUAAAGACGCUACGAAUCUGUAGGUUCCCAAAAAGUGCAAUUGUUCCGAUGUUCGAGAAACUUCUAACUGCUGGCGAUAUAGACAACAAGGAUGGCGGCAUCGUCAUUCCAAAAAAACAUGCUGAGGCCUAUUUACCCGAUGUUUCUGAUCAUGACGGGAUCCAGUUAUAUCUUUUUGAUGAUAAAGAUAUUAAAGAAUGGUUUCCGCGCUUACGUUUUUGGCUCAACAAGAUGUACGUACUAGAUGGCCUCAGAGAGUAUAUGCUUUCACACAAACUACAAAGAGGGGAUACAUUGAUAUUUUCUCGGGUGAUUCCUGAGGGACCAUAUGUCAUGGGAUUUACAAAGGCUCCUACCAAGAAACCAUCUCUUAAGGCAUCAACCCCACGUCGGAAGUAGCCAGCUUCUCUAUGUGGAUGAGAGUCUAUUAUUGUAAAGAAACUGCAUUAUCUUUACAUUUAUUGGGAUCUUGUUAUCUUCUGUUGCAGCUCGAGUUACAGUUUUAAACUUUUAAAUGCUUUGUGGUUCUUAU